AGGGUGUGGUAAGUGAUGAAUGUGAGACAAGACGGAAAUCGUGAUAUUCCGUUGGGUAGUGGACUCUUGAUAGGCGGCAGUAAACUCCACUCGUGGUUCGUCUCUUCACCAGUUCAACAUUCCAAAAGCCGGGUUACCUUUCCUGUUCCUCGACACUGCUCUUUGGCAUUUCAGUCAAGAAGACAUCCAACUAAAAUAAACAACGUCAAAAUGUUUGCCUGCACCCGAUUCAUUGCCCCAGUUGCCAGAUCGGCUUUAGUUGCCAGUAGCAAAAACUACGUACGUCCUCUCACCAGUGGAGUAAUCAGCCAAAGUCAAUCUUUCGCAGAAAGUCAAAGCCAAACUCCAGCCUGUUUAAGCCCAGUCAUCCGUAGCUUCCAAACCUCCGCGGUAAGCCGUGACAUCGAUUCAGCUGCCAAAUUCAUUGGCGCUGGCGCUGCCACUGUCGGAGUCGCUGGAUCUGGUGCUGGAAUCGGAUCAGUAUUCGGUUCAUUAAUCAUCGGUUACGCCAGAAAUCCAUCUCUUAAACAGCAACUGUUCUCAUAUGCCAUCUUGGGUUUCGCCUUGUCCGAGGCUAUGGGUCUCUUCUGUCUUAUGAUGGCUUUCUUGCUGUUGUUCGCCUUCUAAGACGUUAUCCUCCAUAUGAAUUACCGAUAGUUUUAGUGCGUCACUGCCAAGACACCGUCAUCUGGCUUGAAACAAUAGUUCGACGACGGCUGUCUAUGGUUCCAAGGGGGUCCAUGAAAUUAUUAAAGCCAAUGACUCUUGGUAGUACUGGUUGGAGCGCGACGGUUCAACAAAUGAUUUAUUAAUAUUAAAUAUUAAUUAUUGAAAUAAAAAUUUGAUAAAUAAAAACGGGGCUGCUGAUUAAUUUUACAACAUCUUAAAAUUAUAUCAGUAAGAGCCGUCUAAUUCCAUCCAGUGGCUCGUAAUUAUUUCAUGGCCUACCAAUUCAUGUAGCAUAACUCACAUUGUUAUAAAGUAAUUCAAUUGCAGUGUAAUAAUAUUUAACAAUAAUUAUUAAACGUUUAGAAGGUUUAUUAAAAAAAAGAAAUUUUCAAGAUAAAUCUUACAUAAUUUUGCAUAUAGUUCACAAUGCAAAGCACGUACGCGCUCAAUAAUCAAUUAUAAUUAUUAUAUUUAAUUGCAAUGUUUCUUUUUGCGCUGUACGGUUUUAUUGUUAAUUACUAUUAAUCAAUUGGAAAAUAAAGUUAAACUCAUUUGUUAAUUUUGAAACGAUUCAUCAUUGUUAAACCGUCGCGUACGCACGUUUUUGCGGUAACUCUGCGAGGAAUAUGUACAGUAAUAUCGAAAUAAACAUCCAGUCGUACGAAAAAUAUUAA